UAAUUACGUUCUGUACCAGUUUCAAGCAUCCAAGUGAAUCAGAAGAGCAGGUCCGCAACAAAAAAGAAUAAAGGUGUGCUCAUUUAUCACGGGUUUUUUUUUUCCACGGGCUGGCUUCAUGCCCACUGAAAGACUUGGUUUACAAGAAAGAAAUCCCACAAAGUUUUAAAAACGUAGUUUCUGUAGUCGACACUUAAAAAGUUUCCAGCGUUUUUGAAGGCUGAAAAAUCUGCUUGGGCUUGGCAGAGAACUGAAAGAAUGUUUCUCAAAAGACAGCGUGCAGUGCAACAAUAGAGAAAGAUGUCCCACACCAGUGGUUUAUGGUGCAGUCAUUUGAGAUGGAAGUUUCAAAAUGUUUUCUAUCUACUGGUUUUGUUAAUGUGUGUACAGCAUACAGCUGUACUGGGUUGUCGGGUUGACUGCAGGAAAGUUCUCACCUCUUCAAACGGAGUCUUUACUUCACCGUGCUACCCAAGCGAGUAUCCCAACAGCCAGGCUUGCAAGUGGACCCUUCAGGCCCCAGCAGGAUAUAUCAUACAGAUAACAUUUCUUGACUUUGAAAUAGAAGAAGCACCUCAGUGUAUCUAUGACCAUGUCACUGUAAGCAGUGGAAAAGAUGAUGUCAGGUUUUGUGGUAUAACAGCCAAUGGUUUAACACUGAACUCCACUGGAAAUGUAAUGAACGUGUCCUUUACAACAGACUUUAGCGUCCAAAAGAAAGGCUUCAAAAUCAGCUACAAGCAAGUUGCAGUGUCCCUGAGGAAUCAGAAGUUAACGCUUAAUAAAAAAGAAUAUGUGUCAACUGCAACAAGUGUAACCAUUCCAAAUCUUGAACAGUUUACUGUCUGCUUUGAAGCAACCAAAUCUAUCAACAGCAAAGAAAACUGGACUCUCUUUUCAUAUAAAGAUGCUUCCUCCACAGAAGUGCUUACUUUUGGAAAGUCAGAGUCAACCAUUGCCUUAACUGUGCUUGGCGCUAAUUGUGACCUGAGUGAUGCAGUACCAGACAUUGUGUUAUUCUCCAAGGAUAUGCAGCUGUUUUGUCUCACAUGGGAUGGCACAACAGGUUAUAUAGCUAUAUCUACUGGAAAUAAUUAUGAAGAUGUUGAAUGCCCAGCAUCUAAAUAUAAAGUGAUUCCUAGCAAUGGGGUGUUUUCACUUGGCACUAGUCACAGAAACCAUGAUUCUUUUACUGGAGACAUUUACAACUUCCGUCUUUGGAAAUCAGCCAUGAGUACAGACGUGCUUUUAGCUCUUACCUGUGAUGAAAAAGGUGACGUCAUAGAUUGGAAAAGUGAUUUCUGGAAUAUCGCAGCUUCUUAUUUAACGACAGAUGAAAACCUGAGCUGUGUUUGUUACCCAAGUUGCAAAUUAACAACAGCUACCCCAUCUAGUGGUACCUCUUUAACUUCAUCGGCUCCAGUGCCAACAGCUAGCUGUUCAUCAUCCGGACUCGGUUGUCCAGAAACAUUAACUUCUACAACAUCCAUUGUCACCACCACUAACAUGAUUGAUACUAAUCCAACCGUCACUGAAGGAGUUUUCUACAGAAUUUCCUUUGUUGUGUAUGAGAAUCAGGACCACACAGCUGCUUUGGCCGUGGAGCAGUUUGUAUCAGCUUGGCUCAACCAAACAUUUCAAAACUGGACUUACCCUGUUUAUGUAGCUAAUGUCAGUGUUCAGCUAAGCAAUGGUGUGCGCACCAAACAUGUAAGAAGUGCAACAGAAAGAUACAUCUGUCAAGCAUUGCUUGUUCACAAAUAUGCAAAUGAUAUUCUUCUGCUAGAGGAAAGCAUUCAAAGCAGGCUGGUAAAUAGCCAGUCAAUAGGAGGCGGGUUAUUGUUAGACACUGUGGCUGUGCACCCAGUUGAAAACUGCAAUACAGAAGAAAAUCUGUUUUAUUAUAAGUGGCCUGAAAGUAGACCAACAGUUACCCGAUUCCUGCCAUGCUUUCCAAACAAAGCUUUGAAGGCAUCAAGAACAUGCAUGUUAAAUUUGCAGAAUUAUACUUCUUAUUGGGGCUCAGUGGAUCUUAGCAACUGCACAGGGGACAUUGAUAGCAUUGCAGUAUCUGCAGAAAAUGCUGCAGAUGUAGCCACCCAGCUUGCAGAUAUAACAGACCGUGAACUGACAACAGAAGAAGUAACAAAAAUUGUCACAAAGCUAAACCAGAUCAUCAGUGUGGCCAAAAUUAAUGCCUCACUGGCUUCAAAAGUUGUGGCAGUCUUUUCCAAGGUCUUAACUAGCUCUGAUACAGCUUUAGCAGCCUCUUCACCUUUGGCACUGAAAACGGUGGAUGAUCUGGCACGGAAAAUAAUUUUCACUGGCCCAUCACUGAGCAUCACCUCCAAGAAUCUAGCCUUAGGAAUUGCUGCACUAAACUCUAGCAUUUUCAAUGGAACAUCUUUCAAUGCAGCACUUCAAACCAAUGCUUCAGAUAUCCAGGUCAGUUUUGAAUCAGAUCAGGGCAGUGCAUUGGCUUCAGUGAUUCUGCCAUCAACUUUGCUGAACAAUUUAAGUGAAACAGAAAUUGAUACUGUUUCACGGAUACAAUUUACGUUCUAUAGCAAAACAGGAUUGUUCCAGGAUCAGAAAAAUAAUGGACUUUCUUUAAGCAGUUAUGUGGUGGCUAGCAGUGUUGGAAAUGCUUCAAUAAGCAACCUUCAGGACCCUGUCAAGAUACAAAUCCAACAUACACACUACCAGACCAAGCCAAACCCUGUAUGCGUUUUCUGGGAUUUUGCUCUACAAAAUGGCAGUGGUGGGUGGAAUGCAGAUGGUUGCACUGUGAGCUCUGAAUCAAACGGAAGCAAAACAGUGUGCUUAUGCAAUCACCUCACUCACUUUGGGGUGUUAAUGGACAUUUCAGGAGCUGCAGCUCAGAUUGAUGCAAAGAACACAAAGAUUCUGACCCUCAUCACAUACAUUGGAUGUGGCAUUUCUGCAAUAUUUUCUGCAGCCACGCUUCUUACCUACAUAGCUUUUGAAAAAUUACGUCGAGACUACCCGUCCAAAAUCCUAAUGAAUCUAAGCACUGCUCUACUCCUCCUCAACAUGGUUUUCCUGCUAGAUGGCUGGCUGGCCACAUUUAAAAUUGAGGGUCUCUGCAUUGCAGUUGCAGUCUUUCUCCAUUUCUUCCUCUUAUCUUCUUUUACCUGGAUGGGUCUGGAGGCGGUUCAUAUGUACAUUGCGCUAGUUAAAGUCUUCAACACUUACAUUAGGAGGUACAUCCUCAAAUUCUGCAUUGUUGGAUGGGGUCUUCCUGCUGUUACAGUAGCUGUUGUUGUUGCCAUUGACAGAAACUUUUAUGGCAAACAAUAUUAUGGAAAAGGGGAAAAUGGAGAAGGAUCCUCUGAAUUCUGCUGGAUUAAAGACAAAGUUGUUUUCUACGUAACCUGUGUGUGUUACUUUGGAAUCGUUCUCCUCAUGAAUGUCGCCAUGUUUAUUGUGGUGAUGGUUCAGAUUUGUGGGAGGAAUGGGAAGAGAAGUAACCGCACUUUGAGGGAAGAGAUUCUCCGUAACCUACGCAGUGUCGUCAGUUUGACCUUUCUACUGGGCAUGACCUGGGGCUUCGCCUUUUUUGCAUGGGGCCCUGUGAACCUCGCCUUUAUGUACCUCUUUGCAAUUUUCAACUCAUUACAAGGUUUAUUUAUAUUUAUAUUUCACUGUGCUUUGAAAGAAAAUGUUCAGAAGCAGUGGAGAAGAUACCUUUGUUGUGGCAGAUUCCGUCUGGCAGAUAAUUCAGAUUGGAGUAAGACAGCCACCAACAAUACAAAGAAAGUCAGCUCUGAUAACCUAGGAAAAUCCUUAUCAUCUAGCUCCAUUGGAAACAGCUCCACCAACUGGACGUCCAAAUCCAAAACCAUUCUAAAUCCAUUUGCAAAACGAAACAAUAACACAGGUAACGUUUAUGGCGACCAGACUAGCAUAAAAUCUGGUCAGUCAGAAGGGGACCAGACAUCCAUCAUUCCUGUACAUCAGGUCAUUGACAAGGUUAAAGGAUACUGCUCUGUGCGAUCUGAUAACUUCUACAAGAACAUAAGCAUGUCAGACAGCUUCAGCCACAGCACCAAGUUCUAGUAACUCUUACAAAACAGAUGUAGCAGCUUAAUGUAAAUUUAAAAAUGUAAAUGAAAAGAAAGGGAAACAAAUCAUACAUUACUAAAUAGUGUGUAAGUAGCAUGAAUAUACAGUAGCAUGUUGUGUUUUUUUUUUUUUUGGUUUUGUUGCAUUUUAAAUAAGUAUUAUUUUCUGUUUCCCAGUAGGUGUAUUUCAUAUACAGGUAACUGGUAUUUGAUGUAUGAAAUGUUUCCUCUAACUGCUGCCUUCCUAGCUGCCCUGGUUAAUGUUCCCUUAGAAACCGGGAGCUCAGUACUCUUGUAAAAACUGAGAAACAAAAGAGAAAAAUAUUUGGAAAUUGGUAAAAAAAAAAGGUUCAGAUUGAUUCAAAACGACAGAACUGCAAUCGACACGGACGUGUUGUUAUUGCACUCUUUUUAAAGGAAGCGGCUUUCAUUUGAUCUCUUCAGCGGUUUUGUUUGUGAACUUUUUUGUCUGAUUGCUAAAAAGGAAUUUUGUUUUUCGUAAAAGGAUUUUUAAAAUGUAUUUCGUUUUUGUGAUUCAUCCUUUUUCAUUUAUUUAAUCUAUUGUUCUCCGUGGCUUUAUUUAUUUACAAAUUCCUUCCUACAAAAAAGGAAUGUAUCCACUGUGACAGUUUAAAUUGCAACAAAUUGUGUAGAUUACAACCAUUUUCUGGCACUACGGUUAUUUGGUUCCGAUUUGCUGGAAAUACAACCUGGUUUUAAAUGGUUAUAUUUACUUUUGAGAUAAUGAGGAAUAACAAAACUAAGUGCCAGUGUUUGGUCCACCAUGUUUAAACAGCAAUAGCAUUUUACUUUCUAACAAACUGUUUUAUAUUUCAAUGUAUCAGGUUAUGUAAAGGGAUAUACCUUUAUAUUUUGGCAGUACAUUUUGUCCCAGUGUACAUUUUCUCUAUUGCAGGGUUUUCCAUAACAACAUGCAUUUUUAUGCUUUAUUUUUAAAAUGUAUUUUAAUGUUUUGAGGAAUAGUUGAGAUAAGCAUAAAAAAUGAACCUGUGCCAGAUUAUCAUAUCACAUGAAUUUGUGUUUUAGAAAUGUGCAUAUAUAUAAAUGAUCUUCUGGUAGCAUUGUAACCCUAUGCCCAAGUCAAGCCUGUGACCAUAUUUACAAAUACUUCACUAGGUUUAGGAAGUCUACUAGAUGAAGUAAAAACAUUUUGCCCAGGUACAUUAGGAUAGUACAGUAAAUUGAUGCUUAAGACUUGUAUUAUUAUUAUUAUUAUUAUUAUUAUUAUUAUUAUUAUUAUUAUUAUUAUUUCAAAUUGUGAAGUUUGCUUGUUAGUAACUUGCUUUAUGUAUUAAUUUGCUUUGGAAAGAAUAUGCUUUCCCAACACUUUCAGAAUUAUUAUUUGUGGGGGUGAGUGAGAAAAAAUGUGUAAAAUGUAUUUUAUGAAAUGCCUAGAAAUAACCUUAUGCAGGUUAAUAUCAUUUUAGCUUCAACUGUACAGGGCAUUCUAAGUUAAAGUGGUUUUACUACCAUGUAGUAAUGUUUGGAAAUAUCUGUGCAUCGGUGUCUGCCUGCUUUGUAACGCUUUGCUAUUAAAAUAGCUACAGUUGUUCAUAUUUAUUUAUUCGUUAUUGUCAAAUGUCUGAAAUAUGUGAAAGCUUUUCUAGUGUCUUUUACUUUUGUAUUGUUUUUAGUAUCCGUCCUACAUUGUAUAAAUGUAAAUUCUCUUGGGCGACAUGAGUAAAAAAAAAAAAGGAAACUUUUUUUUUUUAUGUAACCCUUAGAAUACGAGUCAUGUUCAAUAUAGUCAGACACUGAUUUCCCUGCUUCUGCCAUCCAGUGAACACUCAGUACUGCUGAAUUAAUAUUUGAUAUCGAAUUUCAGUUUACUUCUUUGUCCUGCUUUUAGUAUAAAUUUGUAAAAAUGUGUCAAGAGGUUUGGUAUUGACUUCAUUAGAAACAUAACCAGAAUGCAGUAUUCCUUCAAAUUUAAGACGCAGCCGAAAUUUCCCACCCUUAAUUUGAGGAAAAAAAUAAAACAUUAAAUAAAGCUGCAUUUACAAAGAUACAACCUCAGUUACGCAUAAAAGAAAGCGACAUAUAGUGGCAGUUUGCAGCCUUCUGCUGUCACACAGAGCAUUAGUUAUAUGCUGCUCAUUUCCAGUCGUGAUUACACACCUUUUUCUCCCUUUUUGUGAACUGUGGUAUUGCUUGGCAUGUCGAAAAAUACAGGGGGUCUGAUCAGCAUUUCCGAUCUGUCCAAGCUAGUACUGUUUGUUAGAAAUGCUGAAAUUGUAAAAGCUUCUCUUCGAAUUCCUUAGGAAGCUAAUGACGCUUCUUUGAAAAUGGCUGCCUGUAUGUCAUGGAUGAUUUGAGAUCAGGCAGUGAUGUCUUUGUUAGUCUUUUCUCAGCAGCCAGUCAUGUUGCUGUUUGUGUGCUCGAGUAUUCACAUCUUUUGUUGGCGAUUUUAAUACACACGUCACUAUACUCGAAUUUAAGACACAGAAAUUGGUGUUUCUUAAAUUUUAAGGAAUACGGUAUUCUAGAUUAAUGUCUGUUUCUCGGCAAUCAUACAAGGAACUGUAGACCCUAAGCACAAAGCUUUAGCUCAUGAGUUCUUUAAACAAUGCUUUUUAUGAAUACAAAUAAAAUAUUAAUUAAACUGUUCUAGACUGUUGGUAAAUGAUUUAAUAUCAGUCUAGAACAUUUUUAUAAAUAUCAAGCUAUAUUUCAUUCAUUAAAAAAAGCAUUUUAAGGGUUAACAGAAAAACAAGACAACAUGUAACAUUUUGGAAGGAAUGAUGUCAGUGCCAGUUGUAUGUGUUUUAUUCUUUGAAUGACAUUUUUAAAGUUAUUAUUUUAAAUAAAAGAUUUAAGCCAAACCAUUCUUGAACAUAUUUCAUAAUUUAUAUUUAUUUAUAAAAGAUCCUUGUAUAAACUGUACACUGUGGAUAGACAAUUCUGCUGUGAACUACAGUAACUGUAAUGAUCAGGCUGCGUAUGUAUAAUUCUUAAUGAAUAUCCCUAAUAAAUGAAUAUCCCUAAUUGAAAGAUGCAAUAGCUAUUCCAACAGUUAAAAUGUAUAUCAUGCCAGAUUUUACGGAGUUCAGUAGUGUAGGAUUGUAUCUGUUUUGUGCUUAUUUAGAUCUUUAUUUUUUUCUGUAAUGUUUGAUAUUUCUAAAAUAUUGUAAUCUGGUUCUCAAUGAGCAUACUAAACUGUACUGUGAUUUAUAUACUCACCUGGGCUUUUACUAAAAUUCCUAAAAUGAAUUUUUUUUUUUUUUUU